AUGGGCAUUCAUGCUGUUAGCGUUGUGCUAGAUGCUCUCAAUAGAGAUGCCCAACGUGCUACUUUCGCCAAGUUCAUUCAAAAUGAACUUGACGCUGAGCGCGAGAAAGUAGCCUUGCUUCACCAACAAGUUUCUCAACAAUCAGAGUUGUUGAGAGAACAGGGUGCUCAACAGUUUGAACUGUUGAGACAUCAGCAGGCUGCUGCUGGUGGGUCGAUGCACUCGCGUCGACCCGAGACUUUGAAGAUUGACAUCUCCAAGUGUAGGGGAGUCGAAGAGGACUCCCUCUUGAGAUGGUUCGUCGAAUUGGAUGACGCCAUAAGGGCGCGUCGCAUCGACGACGGGGAUAUGCAAGUUGCAUUUGCCCAGUAA